GGCUCUAGCACCAGAAAUCCUCAUGAAAACCACAUGAACACGGAAAGAAUUAUUCCAAAGAUUAGGCCUUUUAAUGAACAUUCUUCCUUAUUACGCCAAAAUGCCUGCCUGAGAUACACUUAUGAGAAGGUUCUCUACUAAGACUCGGAGCUUAUGGAACAAGAAUCUUCCCUUAUGGAUUGACUAUUUACAACAAAAUUUGCAUACCAUUAUAAUUGAUGAGAGGAACCUUAGUUAUUGGACCGAAAACCCCCUGAUCCAUCAAUGCGAAUGAUAUUUUAAAGCAUCUGACUUACUUAAAAAGUACUACUGAUGCCGAGUCAUCAAGUUUGCUAAAUCAGUUCAGAGAAUUCACCAGAUAAAUAAAAUAGUUAUCAAGCUUGGUAAUGGUCAUCAGAAUGCACUGGAAUGGAAUGAUGAUGUACACCUGUUGUUAGAAAAUCUUAAUAAGAUUUCUCAAGGUUUAGGAUGCCAGCCUUCUCCAAUAAAAUUUAUCAAUUUAGAGCAAAACCAUUAUUUUUAUUUUAGUGAUAUCUUUGAAAUUAAGAAUUGAAGAAGAAAUCUUAUAAAGAGAAUAAAUAUUAUUCCCAAAGUAAAAGACACUUUUGAAAUUAUCUGAGUAGAUUCUCUCUUUCUUCUGAACAAUAAACAAGUGAUCAUUAAUGAGAAUUUAGACUUAGUCCCAGAUGUAUCCUCCUUUGAAGUUGGAGAUAGAAAUAUUCCUAUCUUUGAUUCAGUUCAAGAAUGUGAAAUAAUUAACUUAGCAAUUGAUUGACCGGAGAUUAUUAUAAAACUAAAUUUAAUACUUGCUCAAUAUUACCCAAAUUUGAAGACAUUAAGAUGUAACUUUCUAUUUGAAACAGCAUUCUCUAAGAACUUAAAAAUAUUAGAAAUGAUCGAAUUAACAAAUAUAACAAUGAUCUCUAAUACUUACAAACCAGACUGUUAUAAAAUGACUGAAGUAAAGGCCUCUGGUGUAGUUCUAUUAAACUAUCAAAAUGAAACAAUUAGUGAAGGCUGCUUUACAUGAGUAAUUGAAGCAAAGAUAAAACUAACUUCACAGAAAGACAUUAUUGAUGGUCAUAUUCUAAUUAAAAACUUUGAUGUGAGAACUAUCGGAAAUUGAACAAGAAUUGAAAAUACAGAACAAAUAUCUAGCUUGAUGGAAAAAUUCAGAAAUAAUAGCAACAUACUUUCUCCUGGUUCAAACUAUACAUUAUUGGUCAUUCAGCUUUCAAAAAUAUCAUCAAUAAAAGAAUGCUAUUCUUCAUUCCUCAAUAAUCGACCAUCUGAUAUUCGCUCUCUUUCCCAUUUAUUUGUAUCGCCCGAAAUGCACGCAGAGUUCAAUCCCAAUUGCUCAAUUUAUAUUGAUAAGCUCUGUCCUUUCUUUAAUACAUUCCGGUUUGACAUUCUUACAAAUCUGAUUAGUGACUACAAGAAAAAUUUCAGAUUAAAAAUCCUCCUGACAGGAUGAAGAGAUAUUUACUCACAAUCUAAAACCCACCGCCACUCUGUAGAUCCUGCUAACUUCACCUCCCUAGCCCUCGACCUGGUCUGCCAAUUCCCUUCAACCAAAGAAGCCUUUGAAAUUUACUGUUCUUGGAUAACCCAAUACCUAAAACACUGAAGAGUGCACUCUAUAACCUUCAUUUAUACACCUCUUCUACGUGAGAACUACACUUGUGCGAAACUGACUGCUUAUUUAGGACUUCCUCCUACGCUUGAGGUCCGUUUUCAGCAUUCACAGGUUUUGGAAUUUUAA